UUGCCGGAAGUAAAUCUGAACUUUGCGAGUGGAGCAUGUUUGAGUUUACAUGUGGAUCUAGAUUCAUUUAAAUGAACCUAGGAAUUUAGUAGUCAUUGUCCAUAAAUCACAGCAGCCAUGGGAAAAAAAGGCAAGAAGGAAAAAAAGGUGACGGGAGCGGAGAAAACUGCUUCCAAAAUGGAGAAAAAGGUUUCAAAGAGGUCCAAACGAGAAGAGGAAGAUUUGGAGGCUAUGAUUGCUGAGUUUCAGAGUCUGGAUGCUAAGAAGACCCAGAUAGUAGAGACAACAUGUCCUUCUCCAUCACCAAGACUGAAUGCGUCUCUCUCUGCCCAUCCUGAGAAAGAUGAACUCAUCAUGUUUGGUGGAGAAUUUUUCAAUGGAAAAAAGACAUAUUUGUACAACGAUUUGUUUUUCUACAACAUCAAGAAGAACAGCUGGGUGAAAUCAGACAUUCCCAACCCUCCUCCACCACGCUGCUCUCACCAGGCUGUGGUAGUCCCUCAGGGUGGAGGCCAGCUCUGGGUGUUUGGGGGGGAGUUCGCCUCUCCAAAUGGAGAACAGUUCUACCACUACAAGGACCUGUGGGUGCUGCACCUGGCUACACACGCGUGGGAGAACAUCAAAGCAUCCGGUGGUCCGUCGGGCCGCAGUGGCCACCGUAUGGUCCUCAGCAAGAGACAGCUGCUCGUGUUUGGAGGUUUCCAUGAGAGCACCAGGGAUUUUAUCUACUACAAUGAUGUCUACUCUUUCUCCCUGGACACCUUCUCCUGGUCACGCCUCACCCCAUCAGGAUCUGCCCCCUCCCCGCGGUCGGCUUGUCAGAUGACCUCCCUGCCAGAUGGCACAGGUGUGAUCGUCUACGGCGGAUACUCUAAACUGAGAGUCAAGAAGGAUGUUGAGAAAGGAACCAUCCACUCCGACAUGUUCCUUCUGAAGCGGGAGGGUAAAGAUGGCCAAGAGAAGUGGUCCUGGUCCAGAGUGAGCCCCUCGGGGGCAAAGCCCCCUCCUCGGUCUGGCUUCUCCAUGGCUGUGGGGCCAGCGGGACGGGCGGUCCUGUUCGGGGGGGUUUGUGAUGAGGAAGAGGAGGAAACACUGGAAGGCGACUUCUACAAUGAUCUUUACCUGUACGACACGAUGAAGAGCCGCUGGUUUCCCGGCGUGCUGAGGGGCAACAAGACGGAGAAAAAGAAACGGCGGAGGGGGAAGAAGGGCGGAGGAGGAGGAGAGGAGGAGGAGGGAGGAGGGAUGAAGAACGAAGGGAAGGAACAGGCGGCUCAAGGGCCCACUGAGGUUGUGAAGGAGAUCGUCUCAGAAGAUGGAACAGUGAUGACCAUCAAGGAGGUGAUCCCUGCUCUUCAGGAGGAGGAGAUCACGGAGGAGGAGGAGGAAGAAGAGGAGGAUGAGGAUGGUUCAGCCUCGGCGCCACCAGUGGAGCCUUACCCGAGGUCCAGCGCCAUGGCAACAGUCCGGCAGGGCAGACUGUUCCUGUUCGGAGGGAUGUUCGAGGUGGGAGACCGCCAGUUCACCUUGAGUGACUUUUACUGCCUGGACCUGAACAAGAUGGAGCAGUGGGAGGUCCUGGUGGAAAUGGACCCAAAGACACAGGAGUGGCUGGAGGAGUCUGAGUCAGAGGAAGAGGAAGAAGGAGCCGAAGGAGACGAAGGGUCUGACGAAGACAGCGAGGAUGAGGAAGAUGAAGAAGAAGAAGAGCACCCAGCAGUACAAGAGGGAGAGUCGGAGACGGACUACCAGAUCCGCACGGAGACUUACUGGACGAAACUUGCACGUGCCAACAUGGGCCCCGAUGCCAAGGAGAAAAAGGUUACGAAGAUCGGCGUCGCCAUGGCUAAAGUCUUCUAUGAAGACCAGUAGUGGACACACACAUCUGUCUGAGUGACCGCUAGUGUGUGUUACGUUUUUUUUAAUUUCAAAAGCACCAGGGAAUGUCAUUUAAAUACAAAUACGCGGCCAUAAAGAAGAGUUUCUGCAAGAUUUCUAAAUGUGAAAAAAAAAACUCUUAACUUUACCACACAGUGCAAAUUUGUUUAAAAAACAAUUUUCAGUAAUGCUGCCAUUAAAGUUUAGUUGUUUUUAUGUUGUG